GUGACUUGCAGGAGUGUUCAGAAUGCCUGAGCCAGCGAAGUCGGCGCCGGCCCCGAAGAAGGGCUCCAAGAAGGCGGUGACCAAGGCGCAGAAAAAGGACGGCAAGAAGCGCAAGCGCAGCCGCAAGGAGAGCUACUCGGUGUACGUGUACAAGGUGCUCAAGCAGGUGCACCCCGACACGGGCAUCUCGUCCAAGGCCAUGGGCAUCAUGAACUCGUUCGUCAACGACAUCUUCGAGCGCAUCGCGGGCGAGGCGUCGCGCCUGGCGCACUACAACAAGCGCUCGACCAUCACGUCGCGGGAGAUCCAGACGGCCGUCCGCCUGCUGCUGCCCGGGGAGCUGGCCAAGCACGCCGUGUCCGAGGGCACCAAGGCCGUCACCAAGUACACCAGUUCCAAGUGAGCAUGUCUGUGAACGCCAACUUAAAAGGCUCUUUUAAGAGCCACCCAUGUUAUCACUUAAAGAUCUGUAACUGAGUACCCUGACAGUUCUCUUAUCAGUGUUGGGAUCUUCCAACAUGAAGGUCUGUAAGGAUCGCUGAGGAAAAAUGGCCAAUUUGAGCUUUCCCUCUGCAGUAACCCGUUCUUACCUGUGAAGGAAAGUGCUUUCUGUCCAGCAUUGAUUGCUUAGCUAAGUUAUUUUCUCCACCAACACUUGACCAUUUUUAUUUUUCUUUUUCUUCAUUUUAUUUGUCCUUCAGAACUCAUUAAAAGGGGAAACGUUAACAACG